AUGAGGGCUGCUGCUGCUCGAGUGAGAAGAGGCAUCGCAAUGCGGCAAAGUUCGUGCCGUGAGAUGAGCAGGCGCGCACUGAAAAUCGCAACCAGGAAGGCUGCACAGAGCUUGCGGCGGGACAAGAUCAACAACAGGAUCUCCAAGGAAGUCGCCAAAGCUGUUCGGGAGGGUGGUGCCAACACAGCGUCAAACUUGCAACUGGCAGCGGUGCUUCAACGGGCGAGAGAGCUGAAUGUCUCGAAAGAAAUCAUCGAGCGAAACAUGAAGAAAGCGAAGGACACCGAGAACCAAUCCUUCAGUGAGAUCCUGUACGAGGUGUUUGGCUUUGGUGGCGUUGGGAUCGUGGUCGAAGUUCUUACGGACAAUCCUAAUCGCUCGGCGUGUCAGAUUCGAGAAGUGGUGAAGAAGUGUCGAGCCAAGAUGGCUGGCUCCGGCUCGGUUCUCUUCGACUUCAAGCGAGCUGGUGUACUUUGCGUUAAAGCUGCCGCAGACGUGAGUGCCGACGAGCUCUUUGUAGCAGCCACCGACGCUGGUGCCGAGGAUGUCAUUGAGCCUCCGGAAGACGAGGAAGCCUCCCUGGAAGACAGGGUCUUCAAAGUGAUAACAAAGGCGGAAGACUACAUACCUGUAAAAUCCAAGCUUGUAGAGGCCGGGUUCCCAAUUAGCGUCGACUCGGGUCUAGAGCUCGUGUCAAACGCGCAAGUUGAGGUUGAUGAUGAAGCGAUGGAGUUGAACAAGGGUCUUAUGGAAAAGCUACUGGAGCUGGAUGAUGUGGACGCUGUUUAUUCAAGUCAAAAGGCUUGAAGUAUAACCGGUUCAGUGUCUGUAAGUGGACAGAGGAAACAAAGCAGCAAAGGUUCGAAACAAGAAUUGAAAAACAUACCUGAUGCACAGCCUUAAAAAUUAUUUUCUUAGAAUGAAAACCGUCGCGUAGAAUUAUGAUUUUGUAAGAUGCUAAACGACCCCGCAAUUUAUAACUCCACAGUGUCCAUUACCGGAGUAUUUUUCUUGGAA